AUGUUGCUAGUUGUUUAGUCAAAAGCUUAACAGUUGACGCACGGACAGAAGCGAAAACCUAGGAAGAGGAGUGUGUCUGUGUCUGGACGGCUUUGAGCAUAUGAAUCAUCUACUCCGCCCACAAUUUGGAAGCUUCAGGAGUAGCCUUCCUUUCAGAUGUUCCUUCCUUCGUUUCCCCAAAACCGUUCCUUCCCCCGAUCCCGUUCAUGACUCUCUUAAGCGUCGUAUCGAACGCGCCCCAGAUUCGACGCCCUCCCUCACCCCUUUGCUCCACGAAUGGCGACAACUUGGAAACAAACCGGGUCUUUCAGAACUCAGGAGCAUCAUCUCCUCCCUUCACAAAUUCGACCGCUUCUCCCACGCCCUCCAGGUUUCGGAGUGGAUGAGUGACCAACAAGUUUACAAUCUGUCUACGGUGGAUUUCGAGAUUCGGCUUCUCUUGAUUGCUAAACUUGGUGGUCUUGAAGAAGCCAGCAAGUUCUUGGACACCAUUCCCUUGAAGAAGAGGGACUUUUACGUGCACAACGCUCUCUUGAACUCUUGCAAAACCCACGGCUCCCUGAGCAUUGCCGAGACCACGUUUCAGAAGAUGAUAGACCUUGGCUUGGCUUCCAACAACCCUAAACCCUACAACACCAUGCUCUCUCUCUACCACAGUGCUGGAAAUCACGACAUGGUUGUCAAGCUCCUGCUCGAGAUGGACGACCAUAGAUUAGAACCCCAAGGAGUUCCCUUUGGCAAGCUCUUUUCCUGUUUCGCUCUCGCAUCAUGCGUCAAAGACUCUGUGGGAAUGGAGAAGUUUCUCAACAAGUGGGGGGACCGGAUGGAGCCAUGGGCCACGUGCUUUUUCCCUGCAUGCCUCUAUAUGGAACUUGGAUCUGUUGAUAAGGGUUUGUCUUUGUUUCGUAAGACUGAGGAGUUACUCGAUGAUGACUGCAGAAAAAACAUGUAUGGAGCUCUCAUGAGAGUCUAUUGUCAUAACGGCGAAAGAGAGGACGUUUACCGUCUCUCCAACUUGGCUAAACUCCACGGGAUAUCCUUCGGCGCCACUGUAAGUUCUGAGAUGAUCAAGUUCUUUGCUAUGAAGAACGAUUUUGAUGGGGCUCACGAGAUCAUGGAAGAGUGGGAUACAGGGGCUGGCGAUCUUGGUCUUUCAGAUUUUGGUCAUCGGAAAAGAUGCAUGAAAGAGGAGGCUGAUAAAGCUAUCAACAUGCUUGGGAAGAAGUGGGAGAGCAAGUGGGAGAGUUUGACUGACAUGUUACAGCAAAACUUGGCGGAGGGUGAGGACGAGGAUGGUGAAAGGGAGAGGAGGAAGAGAGUGACGGAGGCCUUGGAGGGGAGGCUGCACGAACGCUGGAACCCAAAGACCACUAAGACUCUCUCCGCUUACGCCUGCGUGCAGUAUGUCGAGGGUCGAAGGGACAUGGAAAGUGCAGCUGAGAUUCUCAAACUGCUUAACAAACAAGAGCUAGUGUCACGUGCAAUGGACAAAGACAGAUUGUGUUUGAAGAUGGUGGAGGCUAUGAGGGGUGGAGGAUACGUUGGUGGACAAGACUAGCAUAAUAUUAAUCCAAAAAACAAUAUUUGUAACUCAUGUGUUGUCAUAUAAUUGAUUGAUUUAACAUUAUUAAUCUAGUAGACCUCAACCAACAGAAAAAAAAGAAAAAGGCUUUAUAAUAUUUAA